CCACCGAGUUGUUUAGAUUUCCCGACCACAGCUCCCUUUGUUGGAGGAUCUUCCCUCAUAGCAUACCAAGAGACAGGAUGUCGAACUUGGGAGAGUAUGACAUUGACUUUUACCAAUCUAAUUAUACGAUUGAUAAUCAGGAGCAGAGCUAUAAUGAUUCCAAUGCUUAUGGAAAUCUUUAUGGAUCCAGAGAAACACAAGCCACUGAGCAGCGUCCGCCUUCCUCUUCUGUUCCAGCAGAGAUGCUCCUGUCAUCGAGUUAUGCAGGGCAGCUCUUUCAGCCAGCAUCUAACUCAGACUAUUAUCCACAAUCUCCUUCAGUGGACGGUUUUGAUGAAGAGCCUCCUUUGCUAGAAGAACUUGGAAUUAAUUUUGAUCACAUAUGGCAGAAAACCUUGACGGUGCUAAACCCAAUGAAGCCAGCAGAUGGCAGCAUCAUGAACGAAACAGAUCUCACAGGACCCCUUCUUUUCUGUGUGGCUCUGGGAGCCACAUUGCUUCUGGCAGGAAAAGCCCAGUUUGGUUAUGUAUACGGCAUGAGUGCCAUUGGCUGCCUCGGGAUUUACACCUUAUUAAACUUGAUGAGUUCUGCAGGGGUGUCAUAUGGCUGUGUGGCCAGUGUCCUGGGAUACUGUUUGCUCCCCAUGAUCAUCUUGUCCAGCUGUGCUAUCUUCUUUUCAUUGCAGGGCACCUUUGGAACUGUGUCAGCCCUGCUCAUCAUCAUCUGGUGCAGUCUCUCAGCUUCCAAGAUCUUCAUUUCAGCCUUGGCCAUGGAAGGACAACAGCUUCUUGUUGCUUACCCCUGUGCCUUAUUUUAUGGACUGUUUGCCCUUCUGACAGUUUUCUAAAGACUACUGAUGUGGCUUUUCAAGAUUCCACUUGCUUGCUGUUCAUAUUUUUUUUGCAAGUGCAUUAGCACUCAAAUUCAGUGAGAUAACUUCCGUUUUAUUGCUGUUGAGAGAAUAUUAAGCAGAGAGACAAAACAGCACUCAAGGAUAGUGCUCUAAUAGCCUGUUUGGUGGGGAUGGUGUUUUGAUUUUUCAGCUUGGGGCAUUAAAACACUUAAAAUAUUUUGAAAUAUUAAGAGAUACAGUCUCUGUGCUGAUAGAUGCUGCUUUUUCUCAAUAGACAUGUUUCUGAGAAAUUGUAAGUAAAAUACCAUCCUAUGCUUAGUAUUUAUUAACUCUAUAAUAAAUAUUUUU